CGUGUGUAAUGCUCCCCACGGUUCUGGUCCGUGAGAAUUUGGCAUGUAAACUGACCUCGGGGCCACGGAAGCGCAUUCACUAGCACUACCACCACCCAUGAGCGAAGUUCAAGUUCACUACGACGAGUCCAGAAGCCAUAUUCUCUCCGAAAAAGCAUUGAAAGAAGGAUGGGAUACGUUUAUCUUCCACACACAACUCAUCAUGCCCGGUAACCUCUUCGUUGGUUUCAACACCACGGGAUAUGGUCUGAACCGCUCAGAUGUUGCGAGGUGGCUCAGUAUAUUGGCCGCUGGUACUCCUUCGAACCCACCAGACAUUUUCUCUUGCGCCAUUCAACCUACGGGGAUCUUACAAUACUUGCCUACCAAUAUGGCAGACGAGCCCGUCAGUUGGACAACGCCAGCGAACUGGACACCGGGAAAUUAUGCAUUCAAAUACUUUCGUUUGGGUGAUGAUUACCUUUACUACUGCCCUGCUAGACAACUCGUUCACUGGUUUUUUGGUGACAAGACACUGUCCCCGAACGGCAUGGCACCUUCCUUCUCGAUCAAACACAGAGAUACUGAUCUCAACAUAAGUCUAAUUUACAUCAUUCCCAACGCCGGCUGGUUCAUUGACCGCGACACUGGUUCCUCAGCGGAGGUCACCGAUCGACCGAAACAGACCAAACGGUCCCCUUACUAUGGAACUUCUGGAUGGAGGACCGAUCCAGCGAACGUGAUCAUACUACCUUCUGCAUUGGUAGAUGACUUCUAUUUGAACAAUUUUGGAUACGAUAUUGAGGUCAAUCGCUUCAUCGCUUUUCGGGGCAUAUCACCUUCGUCCGAAGCUCUCCUUCAAGACUGUGAACUAAAGGCGACGACGCUCGGGAAUGCAGACUGGGCGUACAUUGCACGGCACUUUAGGAUAUGCUUAAGGGUACAUUGCCACUAUGGCGAUAUUGGUGCUGAACUCGGUUUGAGUAAAAUUGCAGCGAGAGCCGAGAAGUGGGAUAGAGAUGGGAUUCCAGAUUCGGAUCGCGAUGUUAUAGACGUCGCUAUCCGUCAGUGGAACCUCCAGACUGCCGCUUACCUCGGUCUCCGUUGUUCUGAGGACGACUCGGAGUAAGUAGCUAGUAUCUCUUCCUGCAACAGGGUACCACACGAACGUGUAACUUAGACCUGUAGAUUAUUUUGUUUCUCAAACAAAGUUGUACGGUCA